GGAAGGUUUUUAUUUGUGUGUGUAUCUGUAUAAUCAAUAAUCAAAUCAGAAAUCAUAAAUCAGAAUCAUUGUGUAGUAAAGCAGUAAUUGCACUAGCACUAUAGUAUAUUAUAUUAUAACCCACCUUGGGCCUUAGGCAUUGGUAGUGGGCACCUUGUCUCUAUAAUCCAGAGAUUAACAAAACACAGAAAAACAGUUGGUCAGUCAGACAUGCCUCACCACCAGAAUCUUGACUGCUUUUCUUCACCUUCCCUUCUCCUACUCGUUUCUCCUCUCUGCUUCUUCUGAAAGUUAUGGAGCAUUUUGAUAUCUGGAAAAGAUCAUGGUGCAGUGCCUAGAAGGAUUAAAGCAUUUAUGUGCUGCAGUCAUUAAUUGUUGUGAUGCUGAUUUAUAUAAGCAACCUAAGGGUCUGGAAGAUCCGGAAGCUCUGGCUAGGGAGACUGUGUUUAGUGUAAGUGAAAUUGAAGCCCUGUAUGAGCUAUUUAAAAAAAUCAGCAGUGCAGUGAUUGAUGAUGGGCUGAUCAACAAGGAAGAAUUUCAAUUGGCAUUGUUUAAGACAAACAAAAAGGAGAGCUUAUUUGCAGAUCGGGUAUUUGACUUGUUUGACACCAAGCACAAUGGAAUACUAGAUUUUGAAGAGUUUGCACGUGCUUUGUCUGUAUUUCACCCCAAUGCACCAAUUGAUGAUAAAAUUGAGUUUUCAUUCCAGCUGUACGAUCUCAAACAGCAAGGGUUCAUAGAGAGACAAGAGGUAAAGCAAAUGGUAGUAGCCACGCUUGCUGAAUCUGGUAUGAAUCUGUCAGAUGAUGUUAUCGAGAGUAUCAUUGACAAGACCUUUGAGGAAGCUGAUACUAAACAUGAUGGAAAGAUUGACAAGGAAGAGUGGAGAAGCCUUGUUUUGCGUCAUCCUUCGCUUUUGAAGAAUAUGACUCUUCAGUAUCUCAAAGACAUCACCACUACAUUCCCAAGUUUUGUUUUUCACUCACAAGUCGAUGAUACCUGAGGAUGCAGAUGAUGAUGGUUGCAUGUGCAAUGGCGAAAUUCUGUAUUUCAAAGCAGAGCCGUCUAUGUUCAUUUUGGUUUUGCAGCUUGAAGCAAUGGCGUCUUUCUUCCUAGUAUUUAUUUGUUGUUUUUGUGGUUUAGGGGGAAAUCAUGUGUAAACAAUUAAGAGUGGAAUCAUCAUUCGUUAUGUUAAAUUAAUUACUGAAUCAAAGACUAGAAGCUGGUAUUGCGAUCGCCCAUCGAUGCCAAA